CCGGCGGCUCCUCUCGUUUAUCUGAACUUGGGUUUCAUGCCGACUUGCGUCGUUCAUUUCCAGCUUUGCUAUUUAACGCUGCGAUCUAGUCCGAUGAGGGAAAUGAGGGGCCUAAGGGGAGAUCCAGUCGUGCGGUGUGAUCUAGACCGCAGCCAUCGGUCUCAGAACAGGACACAAGCUGCCAGGCCAUUAAUGCCUCCCUGGGUUAGGCAUGUCCAGAAACCUGCCUGGGGCGUGUUGACGCCAGCAUGGUUGUUUCUUAAAGGCUCUUUCACAUUGGAACGUUUUUAAGAGUUUCAUUAUUUUAUUAAAUGAUUGUCUUUUUUGCACAGUCAAGAAUUUCCCUGCAUUUUCUUGCCAUUGACUUGUAAGGGGGAAAUGCCAGCGGUUAAAGGGACUUACACCUCCAGAGCUGUUCUGAGUUUAUGUAUUUCAUUUAGUGAACCAUUAACCUGGGAAAUAUAUCGGAAGACUUGUGCUGCAUAUUACGUAUUGGUACUGUUGUAGAGCAGCCCCGAUACAAAACGGGGUGCCUGACUGUGGGUCCUCACCCGCGCGCUUAAAAGGACUUAUCAAUGCUCUACUGCAGGCGCACGUGAAAGGUUAAUAAAAGGUUUAUUUACAAAGGGAAGGGGAAAUGAGGAAAUGGACAGCUCUGGGAGAAAAGUGGGAGACAAACUUUUAAAUGAGUCCUACCCGAUCCGCCGAUCAGGAAUCCCAAAAUGGCGCUCUGAGAGCUGGCCGCCAGCCAGGAGUGGUGAAGCCAGGAGGCGAGCGAUCGCGAGCCAGAGAGAGCCCAAGGCCCACGUGUUUGGUUUUUUAUAUCCAACCUGGCUGCCCAACUCCACCCUCAGGUCCCAGCCACCCUCCCUUGGUGGUGAUGGGAUUUGUCUUUCCCAGAGUCUUGAUGGCUUUAGUCUGGAGUGGGGGUGGGGUCCACAAAGUUAAUCCUGUAUGGGAUUAACUCAGGACAUCACUUCCCCCUAACAAUUCAUCACUUCCCCCUAACAGUACCUGUCCUUGCAAAUACAUACACACUGCUGAAAAACCUUAAAAUAGUUUGUGCUGUUCCUCAGUAUCGUGUGUAAUUACCCAGUUAAUUUCCUGCGCAUAUAUUUAAAAUCUAAAAUACAGCACAAUUAUUUGUAUCGGUUUACUGUACCGCGUGUCAGUAUAUCACCUAACAAAAAGGUUCCUUGGAAAUUAGAUAUUUUUAUUCACUCUUUACUAAAAACUAAGUUCUUUUACUUUCAGUAGGGGUUCUGUCAUCUGUCAUUCAUUGGCGAAAUUCAUUUUAACAUCAUCAUUAUCUAAUUGGCGGAAUGCAGUCACAACGAAUCCGGUGGCACUUACAGGAGCUGCUGCCUUGCAGAGAUACUUCUGUUUCUGUUAUAUUGCAUUUUCUCCUCUUUCUGGCAAGAAAAGACGGACCUUUUCUAUCUAGAACGAGGUCAGCCAUAAAUAGUUCCUAAUAUGUAAUGAGUGCAUGUGUUUGCUUACUAAGAUUAAACAUGCUGCUGAGUUGAGCGUCCUAAUGGUCGAGGACCCCUAGUGUGGUGUGUCUGCUCCCCACACCAAGGGUGCAGUGAAUGUUUGUGUCAGGUGAACCUUCCAGAUGAUUAGGUGGCUGCCAGCUUGGUGACUCCAGUGUUCACAUCUCCAGCCUUGAUGCUUAAACCCACAGAGAGGUUUGAGUAGGAAAAGAAAUGUGUCCUAAUUGUCUUCAGCUAUUCCGGGCUUGUUGUGUAGCAAAAGAAUUCUAACGCCUGAGUUCAGAGGAGACUGAGCAGUACUUCCAGGCAGACAGAUUUCACUUUGACAUAAAAGCAAAAGUUGCCUAUGAUUACAGCCUCCAGCAGUGGAAAGAAAGGCUGCCCUUUCCCUGAGGCGUUUCCUGAUAAGGUGGUUCCCUGCUGGGCGAAAAUGACUGCCAGGAGGUAUCACGGAGGCGGCUGGGUGAGGAGGUCUGGGGUCUGGGAGCCUGGGUCCCCAGGCAGCUGGACUGGAGGGCAUCGCAGUUCUUUUUUUAUUUCUUAUGCUGACUUCUAUGUAAGGGCGCAGCGACACCCCCCAACACCCACCUGCCCCCUUGGGAGGUUUUUCCAGGGUGCGGGGCAGCCGGGUGCCAGAGGUGGCUCUGCCCUACUCUGCUUUCCUGUGGGGCUUUGCAGGGACUCUCCCACCCUGUUUUGUUGAAAAACUUUUUCAUUGUAAGAGAUUUGCAUUUCUUUCUUUGGCUCUUGUUUUCUAUUUAAUCAAGAGGAAAAUUACCAUCUUCUAUGGAGGCAAGCAGCGGAGUCUUUUUUUAAGCUCUUUGUCCAAAUGGAAUGAUGUCAGUCCAUCGUUCCUCUGAGAGUCAGCAGGUUGUGAAGGUGAAUAGAUUUUUUUCCCCUUGGCUGAAAUUAUUUUUUAGAAGACACUCAUUAAGGGCUGAUUCUUGUGCUUGCUCUGCAUUUUAGUUUGUUUACUUCAUUACUCAAACAUGACUCAAAUUUCACAGCAAAAAGCCCAGUCAUAUCCACCUACAGUAAGUUGCAUUGGCCCUUUUUCCAGUAUGUCUGUGUGGUUUUUAAAUAUCUGUUGGCGGCUGAGAGUAUAACAAAGCUGAGAAGUAGAAUUAGUUUACUAAAAAGACUGGGUGAAUCGGAGCUUUGUGCUUGAAGAAUGAAGAAAUGUGUCCCAUUUGUGCUAAUCCGGUCUUGCCAAUGACAGUUUAUGGGCAGUAGGAGCAGUGAGCUCCCCAGAUCAGUCACGACACCCGGAUGGAGCUGGUCAUUGGGGUUGGGGCUCUGUGGCCAAGGAGCUGAACAGAAUUUCCUGUGAACCCCAGAGGACCCCACACCUUCUCUGCCCAAGGACGUCAGGGUGCGUGAUGGUAACCAGGCCAGCCGAGCUGCUCCAGCACACUCUAGGAAGACGAGAGAGGAGGUCAUCUGGAUGUCAACAUGGCGGCCACAAACCUGGAGAACCAGCUGCACAGCGCGCAGAAGAACCUCCUGUUCCUCCAGCGGGAGCACGCCAGCACCCUCAAGGGGCUGCACGCCGAGAUCCGGCGGCUGCAGCAGCACUGCACAGAUUUAACAUAUGAACUGACGCUCAAAAGUGCAGACCAGACAGGAGACGGGUCUUCUAGAAGCAGCGAACUCAAGAAAAGGUGCGAGGACCUGGAAGCUCAGCUGAAAUGCAAAGAGACGGAGAACAGCGAGCUGCUGCAGACGCUGGAGCAGAAGAAGGCGGCGAUCGCCGUGCUGGAGAGCACCGCCCGGGAGCGCGAGAAGAAGUACCUGGAGGAGCUCAAGGCGAAGAGCCACAAGCUGAACCUGCUGUCCGGCGAGCUGGAGCAGCGGGCCGGCGCCGUGGCCUACCUGACCGCGCAGCUGCACGCCGCCAAGAAGAAGCUCGCGAGCGCCAGCGGGACGUCUGACAGCAGCCCGUCCGGCAGCCCCGUGCUGGCCAGCUACAAGCCGGCGCCCCCCAAGGACAAGCUGCCCGAAACGCCCCGCCGCCGGAUGAAAAAGAGCCUCUCGGCCCCCCUGCACCCGGAAUUUGAGGAGGUCUACCGAUUUGGGGCCGAGGGCCGGAAACUCCUCCUGCGGGAGCCGGUGGAGGCCAUGCCCGACCCCACCCCGUUCCUGCUGGCCAGGGAGUCCGCCGAAGUCCACCUCAUCAAGGAGCGGCCCCUGGUCAUCCCCCCCAUCGCCUCGGACCGCGGCGCCAGCGAGCAGCCCGGCCCGGCCCGCGAGAAGCCGCCGCACAAGGCCCACGUCGGGGUGGCCCACCGCAUCCACCACGCGGCCCCGGCCCCCGCGCCGGCCGAGGUGGAGACGCUGGCCGUGGACCAGGUGAACGGCGGCAAGGUGGCGAGGAAGCACUCAGGGACGGACAGAACUGUGUGACCGCCGCGCACUGUGACCACCGAGGAGCCCCCCGCGCCGCCCCGUCGCCCGUGCAUGCCAAAGCUGUUUUCAGGCCCGUCCACAGACGCCUCUCCUCGCCGCGCGCCCCCGCAGAGCCCCAUCCACUCCGCGCCGCGGCCCAGCCCCGCGAGCCCCGCUGGUUUCCCGGCCCCCGCCACCCGCCGCCGCCCAGUUGUCGAGUCCAGCAACACACACCGACCGUGACCUGACCCCGGGGUCUGGGGGCGCCCCGGCUCCCCAGGGCGCCCGGCUCCGAGCGGCUGCACGCGCGUCCCAGGAACUACAUAGGAUGACGUCACUCCGCACGCCACCGCCUGAGUGUGUCCAUAGUUGCUGUGGUUUUUUUUUUAUUAGUUUGAUCCAAAAUGUUCAAGAUCCCAACAAACUUUAUUUUCUAA